AUGUUCUGUUCAACUGGUAUUUGUAUGUGCCGGAGUAAUUUUGUUGCCAUUCACGGAUAUUGUUACCUCAAGAAAAAUAUCGGUGAAAGCGGUUGUCAGUACUCGGAGCAAUGCAGUGCUGCAUGGCCCGGAGCUCGUUGUGAAGACAGUAAAUGUAAAUGUCCAUCCGAUGUUAGUGGAAUUCCUUAUGUACAAGCACGUGCCCAUCACGGUGUUGUUUGCAUCUUAUUAUCUGGGGAAGAUGGUGAUCCGGUGCCGAAAUGUCCACUUCCAGAAUAUGAUGAUGACUUACUCACAAUGCCGAUAUCACAACUUCGCAAUCCAGCAAUGACUAAUUUAGAUGAUUAUAAUAUCUUGCCAGGAGAACAUAUCAAUCCGUUGCUAUUCUGUUCUUCAACAUCCACCGAUUACAAUACAUUUGUAGCAAAUGGUGGAGGUGCAUGUGCCUAUGCAACAGAACCGUAUAAACCUGAAAAUGGAGUUUACAUCGCAGAUAUUUAUGACUGCAUAGCGGUACCAUUGAAUAAUGUGAAAUUGGCGAUGAAAGGUAUUUACAAUAUUCAUCCACAAGCAGAUGGGAUUUGUUGUCCAAAUCGUGCAUUCACUUGCAUACAACCGAAACAUGAAGCGAAAUCAAAUGUAAAGGGGUCAACUGGCAUACGACCACGGUGGUGGUUCAAUUCUGUAACCGGUAUGUGUGAACAGUUUAUGUGGGAUCCAUGGGAUGAAACUGAAGUACAAUCUCCUAAUAACUUCAAAACUCGAGAACAUUGCGAGUCGUAUUGCAAAGACACGUGUAAACGCGGUUCAUUGCAAUAUUCAAUAAGCCGUAUUUUAAACGAGGAAGAGCCGAUUACAAACUGCCAGACAAUGAGUUCAUGCUCAUUCAAUUUUGAAUGUAAAACAACUGAUUGGAAACAACUUUGUUGUCCAAGUGUCGCAAGCAUAUGUAGUAUUGCUGGUGGACGUCCACUUGAUCCUUCUCGUCAUACUAAUUUCGAUCCCGGCUUUAGUAUGAAGAGGAUGUUUAACUUGAACUUCGAGAAAUCCCACCGGUAUUACUAUGAUUCCGAUCAAGGCAGCUGUACGUCGUUUACAUACAACGGUGCGUUGGGUAAUUUCAACAACUUCAAGUCAUUGUCUGAAUGUGAACUAUUUUGCGAAAAGCUUCAAUGUAAAUAUGGUACGCCGCUGAAAAUCAAACAGGUUAAUCAACAAUGUAGCCAUGAUAGCCAUUGUCCAAGCACACAUGAAUGCGAAAAGGACCAUAAGAUUUGCUGUCCGAAACCUUAUUCGAUUUGUUCACAACCAUUGCGGCUUGGGAAUUGCAAGCAAAGCGUCCGGCGAUACUGGUAUAAUAUGGCAAUCCAUGCAUGCCAGACCUUCAACUAUACAGGAUGUCAGGGCAACGACAAUAACUUCGAUACAUUGCUCGAAUGUCAAAAUACAUGCGAGAAUAUUAUUCCAGAACCACAAUGUCCACAAGGAGACGCAUACAAGGACAGUCAAGGAAAUUAUUUUGUUUGUUCCAAUUCUAAUACUGCGGGUACGUGUCCACUAAACUACGAAUGUCACUUUGAUGGAUAUUUGUGGGGCUGUUGCCCAACGAGGGCUCAUGCAUGUUUGUUAUCGGUUAAUAAAGGCGUUACUUGCGAUGCCGGUUCAUCUUACCGCUAUUUUUAUAACUCACAAACACAAGAAUGCGAUAAUUUCCUUUAUAAUGGUUGUGAUGGAAAUGCGAAUAAUUUUGCAACAUAUGAAGAAUGUGAAAGUUAUUGCGAUGUGAACACCUGUCCGAAUGGUGGUACUCCGAAAAGAAAUGAAUUUGGCCAACAGAUAAAUUGUUCAUCAACUGUAUCCUGUCCAAGCACUCAUGAAUGUACUUCACUUACUUCUGGAAAUAGUGUAGUGAAUAGAUGCUGUCCAAAAAGAGCAUAUAUCUGUUCGUUACCGCCUGAGCAAGGCAAUCCGUGCGAUACAUCGUCUGUUACACGUUUCUAUUUCAAUGUAGCCAGCAAAGAUUGUAUCGAAUUCACCUAUAGUGGUUGUGGCGGUAAUUUGAACAAUUUUGCAACUCUCGAGCAGUGCAAUAGCUUUUGCUUAUCAUCGGCAUGUACCUCAGGCGAUACUGUAUACGUAAAUCCGAGUACACAUCUGCCUUUCGAAUGCGAGACCGGCAUAAAAGAUAGUUGUCCCAAAAUUUGCCCAACUGGUGAAAAAGCAUAUGUAAAUUUGCUUAAUAAAAAUGUUCAUGAAUGCCUGAUAAACGACACUAAUUCAUGUCCCAAUUACUACCUGUGUCGUUUUCAUAUUCAGACAAAUCGUUAUUACUGUUGCACAUCUGUCAAUAGAGAAGUAUGUCCAACAGGAAAAGAGCUUUACAAAGAUGCAUCUUCUAACUUACCCAUCCGUUGUAUAAUAAGCAGCGGGAGUAAUCAAUGUCCACCGAGAUACAGCUGCUCGUCCGAAGUUCCAGGAGCUCUACAGGGUUAUUGUUGUUCAUCCAACUACUUAUGUCCAAAUCGUGCUAAGUUUUACACAGAAAAGGCUAAUGAAAUGCCACGUUCAUGUCAACUGAACUCACCUUUUAUCACUUGUCCUACUGGCUAUACGUGUCAAAAUACGCAAACCGAAUAUGCGACCGGCUAUUGUUGCGAAAGCGAUAAUGAAACAGUUUCCGGUAGGUUGGAUAUGUUUGCCAGAUUAUGA